UGGAUUAUAUCACAGCUGGAAACAGGGCAGGGACCUUUGGAAAGCUUUAGAAAGCCAGCUAAAACAGACUGGAUAUAGGGUAUGAAGGAGUGGAAAAGCCAAAGGAGAAUACUGGCAAAACAGUGGAGGCACUGCUAAAAGUGAAGAUAUGCUGCGUUGGCUUGGGAAAGGAUGGAGGAAGAGGGCUCGCCUCCGUAGCCCUGCCUGAUGUCCCUGCCUGAGGCCUCAUCUCCCUGAAUGGCCGGAGGGAGCGUUCCCAGCUUGGAGACUCCAGCUCUGCUGGUGAGGGACAGAGGGUCCUUGAUUCCAAAGGUGUUCGGUCGGAGAUGGCAAGUUCCUCUGGCUUCUGGCUCUCCGGCUGCCUCACGGCACUCGUGUUCCUCCGGCUGCCCGUGCCCUUGUCAGGGGACGCCGACGACUACCACCUGGCCCCGCUAGGGGGCACAGCCCAGCUGCUCUGCCCGCUCGCCCUGUGGCCGGUCACUGUGCCCACCGUGGUGACCUGGCUGCGGUCCCCACGCCCGGACGGCUCCCAGGUGGUGCACGUGUUCCGGGACGGGAGAGACCGGGAGGAAGGCGUGAUGCCGGAAUACAAGGGGCGGACGGCGCUGCUGAGGGACCCCCGAGAGGGGAGCGUGUCCCUGGAGAUCCGCCACGUCCGGCUGGAGGACCGAGGGCCGUACCGAUGCGAGGUCCAGAUCGGAAACGUGACUCGAGAGGGCACCGUGACCCUGCAGGUGGCAGUUCUAGGCUCCGACCCUUACAUCCACGUGAAGGGCUACGACGCUGGAUGGAUCCAGCUGGUGUGCAGGUCCGCGGGAUGGUUUCCACAGCCUUUGGCCGAGUGGAGAGACCCUCAAGGCAGGGUGCUUCGUCCCCUGUCGGAUGGCCAUGUCCUGGAAGCUGGGCUCUUCCGGAUAGCGGUGUCCGGCAGAGUCAGGGACAGCACGCUGGGAAAUGUGUCCUGCACCGUCCGCAAUUUGGCCCUCGGCCAAGAGAAGACCACGGCCAUGCUCAUAGCAGCCCCGUCUCCAGGGAGGAUCUCCUCCUCCGCAGUGGCUCUGGCUGUGGUCCUGCCUGUCCUGGGGGUUCUCAUCAUCGUGGGCGUUUUCCUCAUCUGGAAGCAAAGAAGAUCAAAAGAGAAGCUUCUCUAUGAACAGGUGGUGGAGGUAGAAAAUCUUCUCUCAGACCACGCAAAAGAAAAAGGAAGACUCCAUAAAGCCCUCAAGAAGCUCCGGAGUGAACUGAAGUUGAAAAGAGCGGCAGCGAACUCAGGCUGGAGGAGGGCGAGGCUGCACUUCGUGGCAGUGACCCUGGACCCGGACACAGCACAUCCCAAACUCAUCCUGUCUGAGGACCAGAGAUGUGUGAAGCUUGGAGACAGAAGGCAGCCUGUGCCCGAUGGCCCCCAGAGAUUUGACUUUGUCGUCAGCGUCCUGGGUGCUGAGUACUUCACGGCGGGCUGUCACUACUGGGAGGUGGACGUGGGAAACAAGACCAAAUGGGCCCUGGGGGUGUGUAGUGAGUCUGUGAGCAGGAAGGGGAAGGUCACUGCCACGCCCGCCAACGGACACUGGCUUGUCCGCCAGAGUAGCGAGAAGGAGUACGAAGCUCUCACAUCCCCGCAGACCACCCUGCGCCUCAAGGAGCCCCCGCGGUGCGUGGGAAUUUUCCUGGACUAUGAAGCAGGCAUCAUUUCCUUCUACAAUGUGACCAGCAGAACCCACAUCUUUACGUUCACCCAUACUUUCUCUGGCCCCCUUCGCCCUUUCUUUGAGCCUUGCCUUCAUGAUGGAGGGAAAAAUACAGCACCUCUAAUCAUCUGCUCGGAACUCCAGAAAUCAGAGCCAUCAGCUGGCUGCGAGCCAGAAGAAAAAGGCCACGCAAACGGAGACGUGGCCAUGAACGUGGACCCUUCCUUAUUCCCCCCUCAGGCACCAGAGCUUUUUCCACCCGGGGAUAUGAUCCUGCCCUGGCCCUCUGACCUUGCCCCAGCCCUUCAGGGGCUCAAGGUUCCUUCUUUUUAGGGCCAUUCUUCAUUACCUGCUCCCCUGAUGGCCCAGCGCCCUGCCCUGGAUUUCAGUCUGCUGGCCCAAUGCCUGACUCCGAAACAUCCCAUCUCCUUUCCCCAGAUCUAGACCUUGUGAUUUUGAUUCAAACCACCUUUCACCCAGGACUCAGUUCUAAACUCUGUCAUCCUUCUGGGGACUUGAAAGUUCCCAUUGCUCAGGAAGAAUUCUUGAAAACCAAACGAACCAUCAGAUUAGGUUUAGGUGAUGAUGGUGAAUGUGUGUCACCAAGAUACAGGGGUUCUCUGCUCGAGGACCUGUUUAGAAGAACUUCACCCUGCCUCAUCCUGCACUUGACCUUUUAGUCCUGAAGUUAUGGUGCCUAGUCCCUGACUUCUCUCUUGUCCCCUCCAGAAUGGCUUUUUCCCUUCUCAGUGCAGACCUCUAGCUCCCAAAUCCAGCUUUUUAAGAGUAAACAUGUUUUGGGUCACAUGCUCUUCCUUCUUUCUCCUGGAAUAUUGGGCGGGGAAGCUGGAGGGAUAGAACAUGCUAUCCCUUUGUGUGUCCUUGGUGCUUGUUUACAGUGUAGUUUCCUGACAUCUCGAGCUAACCUACACGUUUUCAAAGCUGACUUACCCACUGAUGCUCACCAGGUGCUGGGAUUUCAAACGUGGUAGCCACAAUCCUGAAAAGCCUCAAGAGCGCAGUCAGGGAGCUGGGAUUCACAGCUGCAGACGCGCAGCCCAUCUGUGCGUGGCCUUGGACAGACAGCCAUGGAUGAGUCCGUCUGUUCCCCUGGCCCUUUCAAAUCUCCUCCUGGGAUUUAGAGAAGUCCAGCCAGAAAAGCAGCAGUUUUAACCAACAACACAGAGGCUUUUAUUUUGUUUGUUUUCCAUAAGACCAUUACCCUAGAGGACUUGCCUAUUUGUGUAGCAAACAGCCUUCUACGUCAGAGUACUGAUUUCGAACAGGAAGUCGGUAGCUCAUGUCUGAGGUUAAAAUCAUGAACCUCAUUUUUUGGCGUGGAUUGCAGAAAGAAGCCUACUCACUUUCAAGUCAUUCCACAUACGUGAUCGGGCCUCUUUGUGGAGAUACUGGCUGAUACCAGUUUGUAGAUGAGAACACAGUUCUACCCAACAGAAACGGGAUCUUUCUGUCGGAAGUUCUGUUAGUGCUUGUAAUAGUUAGGGUCCUCCGGGGCAGUGUGUAUUUGUUAUAUUUAUAUGUAUAAAGAGAUUUAUUAUAAGGAAUUGGCUCACAUGACUUUGGAGGCUGGCAUGUCCCAAGAUCUGCAGGGUUAGUCAGCAAGCUGCAGACUCAGGGGAGCCAAUGGCGUAGUUCCAGUUUGAAGGCUGACAGGCUUGAGACCCAGGAAGAUUCAGUAUUUCCACUGGAGUCUGAAGAUAGGGGGAAAAAAAAAAAGUCGAUGUCCCAGGCUAAAGACUGUCGGGCAGGAAGAAUUCUCUCGUACUAGGGGGAGGGUUGCUUUUUGGUUCUAUUCAGACCUUCAACCGAUUGGAUGGGGCCCACCCAUGAUAGGGAGAGCAAUCUACUUUAUUCAUUCUACCAAUUUAAAUGUUAAUCUCAUCCAAAAACACCCUCACAGGAACAGAAUAAUGUUUGACCAAAUGUCUGGGCACCCUGUAGCCUGGUCAAGUUGAUAUAUAAAUUUAACUCUCACAAUUAAUGGGUGAAAGUUUUUGUUUGCUUUUGUACAGUUCUUAAAUAAAAGUUUGAUAUUUGUUGUGUGGCA